AUGGUUUACUACUCUAGCACCGGCGUGCUCAUCAUGGGCGAGUCGGGUCAUUUGCCCAUCACCAGCUCGCUCCUGGCCAACCUUGUCCUGCGUCUCAUUCUCGGGCCGCUCGCCUUGUUGGCAUCCUGUGUGCCUCUGCGGCUAUUGUGGAAGAACGGCGAGUUUCCGGCCUGCGUCUUCGUCGCCAGUAACUGGCUGACCGUCCUGCUCGUCUUUAUCAACGCCGCCAUCUGGCACGACCAGGACUUUGACCACUGGUGGCUCGGCUACGGCUGGUGCGACUUCCAGAUCUACAUCCAGUUUGCCCUCUCGACCGUCUACAGCGCCAGCAUCUGCGCCAUGAUGCGACGGCUGUCCAUACAGGUCAGCCUGAACCGUGUGGCCGGCCUGUCCGGCGCCGAGAAGCGCCGCCAGCUGCUGGUGCAGAUGCUCAUCAUCUUUCCCGUCCCGCUGCUGCAGGUCAUCUUCACCAUCUUUGUCCAGGGGCAACGCUACAUGCUCGCUCCGGUCAACGGCUGCAACAAGGCCUACUACGGGAAUGCCAUCUACCUCGUCUUCUUCGUCCUUCCCUCGCCCAUCUUCACGGCGGCAGCAUGCUAUCACACAUACCAGACGUACAGGAAGUUUCGCCUGGCUGAGGCCAGCACGCGCCUGGCCCAUAACGGCAACAACAGUGUGGCCUUCUCUCGCAGCCAGCGGGCCCGACGGAAGUUGUAUCUGAUGGCCCUUAGCAUCCUGCUUCCAUACGCCCCCAUUGAGGCCAUUUUCUGUGCCAUCAACAUCAUGAUGGGCUGGCCGUGGAACAGCCCGACGAGCUUCCAUUAUGUCCACUUUGCCGGCAUUGUCUCUACGUGGAAUUCCAUCUACAUAAUUAGCUACGACCAUGUCAGCUUCAGCGAGAUGAACCUGAACUGGAUCCCCAUCGUGACUGCAUUUGUCAUUUUUACCUUUUUCGGAACGUCCAAGGAGGGCAUCAACACAUACCGCAGAUGGCUUGUGUUCUUUGGUCUGGGGCGUCUGUUCCCAACACUCAAUCUGGAGUACGACCCAGACCGCACCCGUGUCGAGACCGGCCGCUUCAGUGAGGGCACGCAGACGCAGUUUUCGACGCUGAAUGCAUCUGCAAGUCCAUCUCGCAAGGAAUCGCUUGUCCCCACAUACUGUCGGGUUUACUCGGCACACGGAAGCAGCCACGGGACAGAGGACCAGGAAGGGGGAGGCGACACGACCGUUGUGCCAGCGCCGUCUUCGUGGCGAUCCGAUCUGCGAAGCCGCCUUCAGAAGGCCAGGAUGUGGCCCACGCGUACGUCGUCCCCCAAUACCGCAGACGAGCUCGAGCUGGAACGCAACGCGGCCCCGUUUGCCGCGACAUGGCAGCCGGCAGCCUCUGUGAUCUUCAGACCUGGGCUCAACUGGUCUGCGCCACCCAGAGUGCCAGCUCUCGCCAUGUCCUCCUUCCGGAAGGCCUCCUCGGCACAGACGACCCCGGACACCCGUACAAAACCAAACCCACCGCUACGGCCAUGCCAAGCCCAUCCGUCACCGCAGUCGGCGGUCCCUGUCAUCGACGAUCCAGACCAGCUGACCGACGAGCUGACCAUCGAGCCCCUCCGAGAAAACCGGGCCAUACCCAAGCCUUUCGACGGCACUGUCAUCCAAGGAGCCACUGCGGAGCAGCAGUGCCAGCUUCAACAGUUGGCACAAGUCGGCCAGCUGCUGCAUCCGGGCAGGGGACUGUUCGAGUGGAUCGGUGCAUCGUCACCGAUAUGCCCGCUGGAAGAUGAAAUGACCGUCUGGUCACAGGUAUAG